CGCGACCCCUCACACCUCCUCUGUUCUGCCGUAUACCAGGCCACAAGGGCCAUUGUCCGAUCGUCCAAGUAAUUAUUAGGUCGCCGAGUCGAAUUGUCUUGUCAAAGCAGGGCCUUUUGUCUGGCCACUGGCCAGCGCCGAAACAACAAGCGCCUGAUGAUCGAUUGGCCGGCGCUGCUCGGCCUGCCGCGCGCCUGAAUUCGUCACCGCGUGGGGCUGAGUGCCCCACAUUUUAAGCUUCGACCGAGGCCCAAGUUCCGCAGGUCUCUCUCCUCGCGAUACAGCGACCCGGAAGACAUGAUGCCGCCUAUUCCACAAAGCCCGACACGGAUGUCGCUCCGGCAUAGGGACACCGGCUUUCCCGAGUCGUUUUGUGGCAGCCGGAACACAACCCUACCACACCCUGAAGCGGUUCUUGGCCCGGAUGCCUGCAUCACCGAGGACGACGUCAACCCGGUGCGGGCCCUUCUCAGGUGCCGCAUGUCAUAUAUGGCCCAGCUUCGGUCCGACAGCCGGGCGUCUACCUUCGAUGACGGAAGAUCCGGCGGGUUAUCCGAGGAGGGCACGCUCUCUGCCCUCGGUUGGCUCGCCAUCAACUCGCUCCGAACGGCCGAGCUUCCUCGCCUCGACGCCUUGCUCUCGUCCAAAGACGCCGAUGGCGUCGAGUCAUCGGACGGCAUGAGCAGUAGUGACCCGGACUCGCCGGUACACCGCGGGAGAGAGUUCAGCGGCCAUCCCAAGACAGACGCCCGAGAGGCGAUGGGAAACUCCCGGCGCGAGCGACGCAGGAGCAGCUUCAUCAGCAGGCUGAUGCACAGAUAGGCGCGGCACGGCCGCCGUCAGGCGGAGGACAUUGCUUGGAGGCUCGUCUGUGGGCUUUCCAAGUCUCCGUUAUGAUUUGGCUCUCGCGUGAAGUCAUGUUUCAUUGGUGGCAUUUUAUACGCCAUUUGAUUUGAGCAUAGGGCGUUAGGGUUUACACUGCAUAACUGGGGGGAUGGGUUAUCACGACUAUGGCGAUUCAAUUCUUGGGCGGUAGACGGGGCGGGUG